AUGCCCGCGGUCGACACCAUGACAUCCACUCCAGCCACCUCCGCAAAAGAGACAAAGCAGUCACUCGCAGAUCUCGAGGGAUUAUUGCAGAAAUUGUCAGUCUCAAAAUCUCAAGAUGAGGCCAGCAUUUCCGCAGGCAAUGUUGCCACUUUCUUGAACGGCCCCAUCGAGGAGCACGAUGUCCCUCUCAAGACUGUCGAAAUUUUCAAGAAACAACUUGCCAACAAGAAAGAUGCCGUCGUUCGGGAGCGCGCUCUCGACGGAAUUCGAGCCAUUGCCGCGCACGGCACUAUUGCCCCUGGCGUUGAGCCCUACCUCGUUUCCCUGCUACCGCUCUCACUCGCCGCUGUUGGCGACAAGAUGGUAUCAGUCAAGAACGCUGCGCAGGCCGCGGCUCUGGCCAUCGUCCGACAGAUCAACCCCAACUCCGUCAAGGUUGUUCUCCCUCACAUCCGAAAUUCCAUCAUCACCGCACAAAAAUGGCCUGAGAAGAUGACUGGCCUCGACUGCAUCGAAGCCCUCGUUGAAACAGCCCCUACACAGCUCUCCUUCCUUGUCCCCACCCUCAUCCCGAUCGUUUCCGAGUCGAUGUGGGAUACCAAGCCUGAAGUCAAGAAGAAGGCCUACGGCACAAUGGAGAAGAUCUGCAAAUUGAUCGAAAACAAGGAUAUCGAGAAGUUUAUUCCUGAGCUGAUCAAGUGUAUUGCUAAACCAGAGAACGUCCCUGAGACGGUUCACUUGCUUGGUGCCACUACCUUCGUCACUGAUGUCCACGAGCCAACUCUGGCCAUCAUGGUUCCUCUCCUUGAGCGUGGUCUGGCCGAGCGCGAAACCGCCAUCAAGCGAAAGUCUGCAGUCAUCGUUGACAACAUGUGCAAACUUGUCGAGGAUCCGCAGAUUGUCGCAGCCUUCCUGCCGAAGUUGAUGCCUGCGCUCACAAAGAACUAUGAAAAUAUGGCCGACCCUGAGGCCCGUGAGAAGACCAAGCAAGGUUUGGACACUCUGAAGCGUGUUGGUGCGGUCAAGGAGGAUGGCUCCUUCCCCAAGAUUUCUAACGCUGGUGAAAUUGCCACUGUCAAGCCCAUUCUCAAGGAAAUCAUCUCACAGAAGCACAAGGGUGCAGUUGAAAAAGCCGACACUGUUAUUGACUACGUUUCCGCCAUUGCCGGUCAGUUGAUUGACGAGAAGAUCACCGAUGAGCCUGACUGGGUCUCCAACACCGUCGAAUAUCUCAAAACCAUUGUUGGUGAGGCCGAUGCUAAGUCGGUCGCUGAGACUCUUCGCAAACGCGCCUCUCCCGGUAUUGAAGACGAGCCUGAGGCCGAGCCCGAUGAAGAAGAAGGCGAGGACCUCUGCAACUGCACAUUCAAUCUGGCCUACGGUGCUAAGAUUCUGCUGAACCAAACCACCCUCCGCCUCAAGCGCGGUCAGCGCUAUGGUCUUCUCGGACCAAACGGUUCCGGCAAGUCCACCCUUAUGCGUGCCAUUAACAACGAACAAGUUGAGGGUUUCCCCAAGCAGUCAGAGGUCAAGACUGUCUUCGUUGAGCACGAUCUUGAUGCUGCUGAUACCGAGUUCACCGUCGUCGGCUGGACCGAGAUGAAGCUGAGGUCCGUUGGUAUCGAAACCCCGGUCGAAGAUAUCAAGGCCAAGCUGCUCGAAUUCGGCUUCCUCGAAUCUCAGAUGGAUGGUCCCAUCACCUCCCUCUCUGGUGGCUGGAAGAUGAAGCUGGCUCUUGCUCGCGCCGUGUUUGAGAACCCAGAUAUUCUCCUCCUGGACGAGCCUACAAACCACUUGGACGUCAAGAACGUGGCCUGGCUCGAGAACUACCUCAUCAACUCACCGUGUACUUCCAUUAUCGUCUCUCACGAUUCCAAAUUCCUGAACAACGUUAUCCAACACGUCAUCCACUACGAACGCUUCAAGCUUCGAAGAUACCGUGGCAACCUGACCGAGUUCGCCAAGAGAGUGCCAUCCGCUCGCUCCUACUUCGAGCUCGGUGCCUCCGAGCUGGCCUUCAAGUUCCCCGAGCCUGGUUUCCUGGAAGGUGUCAAGACCAAGGCCAAGGCCAUUGUCCGUGUCAACAAGAUGUCAUUCCAGUAUCCCGGUACCGACAAGCCCCAAAUCCAGGAUAUCACGUUCCAGGUAUCCCUAGGUUCCCGUAUCGCUGUUAUCGGACCGAACGGAGCCGGCAAGUCUACUCUCGUCAACGUUCUCACUGGUGAGCUGAUCCCCACCACCGGUGAGAUUUACCAGCACGAGAACAUCCGUAUCGCCUACAUCAAGCAGCACGCCUUUGCUCACAUCGAUAACUUCCUUGACAAGACUCCCUCUGAGUACAUCCAAUGGCGAUUCCAGACAGGUGAGGAUCGCGAGACCAUGGAUCGCGCCAACAAAAUCGUCACCGAGGACGAUGAGAAGGCCAUGGACAAGAUCUACAAGAUUGAGGGUACCCAACGACGUGUCAUUGGAAUCCACGCCCGUAGGAAGUUCAAGAACUCCUACGAAUACGAGUGCUCGUUCGCACUUGGUGAGAACGUUGGCCAGAAGAACGAGAAGUGGACUCCCAUGAUGACCGCCGACAAUGCAUGGAUUCCCCGCUCCGAGAUUCUGGCGUCCCACCAGAAGAUGGUUGCUGAAGUUGACCAGAAGGAGGCUCUUGCUAGCGGUCAAUUCCGUCCCCUCAUUCGGAAGGAGAUUGAAGCACACGGCGCCAACUUCGGUCUCGACGCUGAGCUGAUCUCUCACUCUCGGAUGCGUGGUCUUUCCGGCGGCCAACGCGUCAAGGUUGUCCUGGCUGCUUGCACCUGGCAGCGUCCUCACUUGAUCGUUCUGGACGAACCUACCAACUACCUCGACCGCGACUCCCUUGGUGCCCUCUCGAACGCUCUUAAGGCGUUCGAGGGUGGUGUUGUCAUCAUUUCGCACAACGCUGAAUUCACAGAGUCACUGACUUCAGAAGUCUGGACCGUAAACAAUGGACGAAUGGUUCCUUCUGGUCACAACUGGGUACAAGGUCAAGGUACCGGACCCCGACUGACUUCCAAAGACGACGACGAGGAAGAGAAGUUCGAUGCUAUGGGCAACAAGAUCGAAGGCAACAAGAAAGCCAAGAAGCUCACGUCUUCCGAGCUGAGAAAGAAGAAGAAGGAACGUAUGGCCCGACGAAAGCGUGGCGAAGAAGUCUUCAGCGACGAAGACGACUAG